UGGUCGCGAAACGUGCGACCUGACUGACAAGAGCUGGCCGCGAUCACGCCAUUCAGCCAACGGUGCGCCAUUCUUCGCCAGUAGUGUCGUUAGAGCGCCAAGCUGAGCGCGCAAGAAAGCAUUCAGGGCACCAUCCCGGGGGGGCGAGGUUCUAUCCAGACGACGAGUGUGGGGCCAUUUUUUGUGUAAAUUUGCUAGUGUUUCAAUGAGUGCGAGCGCGCACACGUGUGUGUAGGUUACAAAGAAACAAUAUGGUCCGCAGUGUUUGGUGUUCUUGAGCAGCUCAGCUUUGCUGAGUAGACUUUCCUGUGUUGUGACCCCGUGCCAGUGGUGAUCACUCGGUGGUGGUGCCAAGUGCUUGCAUCACAGUUUUAUCCCCGUUGCGUCCACACCACUGUCCGUGACCUUCAAAAGGCUUGCGUGCCGGCUGUGACCACUGGCGGCACUCGCGUGUACGAGAAACACUUAGAAACAGCCUCGCACAAAGUGAUCCUGCGAUCUUCAUCGGCACGUGACUGAACGGAGCGUCGUAAUCGCUCUUGGGCUGGGUAGCGACUUGGCGUGUUCUAAGCAGAAGCCAGCAGAAGCCCCACACAGUAGUGCGAUGGGCCAACAGACGACGGUGGCAAGCCGUGAAGCGACUGGUGCGAAUACGGACGAUGCAGCGACGGCAGUGGACAACGCGUGGAACUAUGUGGUGUUUGUGGCCUUCGUCGUGAUAUCGGCGCUGAUACCGAUACGGAAGCGGUUGUGUCGCCGAAGUACGAACAGCAAGAGCAAGCAGGACUAUGUGUUCGGUGCAGGACACAUCUCGACGCUGGCGAUGAUGCUGUCGAUCGCACGGGGCACGCUGGGCGUCAUAUCGGUGCUCGGUUAUCCGAGUGAGUUCUUCUACCGUGGAUCGGCCAUGUGGGAAUCACUGUACGGAGUCGUCAGUGCGUAUCCGAUCGUGUGCUUCGUCUUCAUCCCGGUUUACUUCGAUCUCGGCAUCACCUCGGUCUAUCAGUAUUUGGAGUUGAGGUUUAAUAGUCGAUUGGUUCGCUGUCUGGCAUCGGGAACGUACAUCCUAAGGACACUGCUCAGCCUGGGCGUGACGAUCUACACACCGACGGUGGCGCUAAACACGAUCAUCGGGGUACCGUACUGGGCCUCGCUGCUGUGCAUUACCGUGAUCAGUAUUUUCUUCAAUGCGCUCGGUGGUCUGAAGGCGGCUGUAGCCGCCGACGUCAUCCAGAGCCUCAGCAUGACGGCCAUGCUGGUUGCCAUUCUGAUCUACUGCAGCAUCACGGUUGGAGGAGUGGACCGGAUCUGGACCAUCAGUUCGGAUAAUGACCGAUUCGCUUUCUUCAACUUUGCGGCCGAUCUUCAUCUGCGCGUCACGACGACGUCCGCCUGGUUGGGGGAGCUGUUCAAUUCGCUCAGUCUGCUCGGCUGUCAGCAAAACUUUGUCCAGCGGUACUUGAGCAUGCCGACGAUGGGACAGAUACGGCGUACGCUUCUGUUGAACAUUCCCGUCGUGAUCGUACUGUUCUCGUUGCCGUGGCUUGUCGGUAUGGCCAUCUACGCCAUCUACUGGCAUUGUGAUCCACUGAAAGCGACGGUUAUCGAGAAGAUGGAUCAAAUCUUGCCGUACUUCAUCGUCGAUCGGUUCGAACGGGUACCGGGCGUGUGGGGUAUAUUCGUGGGGACGCUGUUCAACGGAGCCCUCACGCUGAACAUCUCCAACAUCAACUCGUUGGCCACGGUGACGUGGGAGGACUUUCUGUCGCUGAUACCGGGCUGGAAGACGAAGAGUGAACGCCAUCAGCUGACGGUGAUCAAGCUGGUCGGUACGGUGUACGCCGUGCUGAUCAUGGGCAUCGGGUUCGUCGUUGGUCUGCUGUCGGGCGUGAUCGAGUCGUCGAUGCUGAUCAUCUCCGCUACCUCGGGACCGCUGCUGGGAGUGUUUGUGCUCGCGAUGUUCGUGCCGUUCGCUAACUGGAAGGGUGCGGCCAUGGGAAUGAUUGCGUCGCAUCUGUCGAUACUGUGGAUCGUGAUCGGACGGUUGAUCGAGGCAAACGUUAGCGAUGCGCUGCUGGACACGUCGAUCGAAGGAUGCUACGCGGAUCUGGUGCUGGCGGAGAAGAAUGUGUCCAGCAGUGGGCUGUUGAUAGCGCUGGAGGAGGGGGUUGAUGUGGUCGAUGCGAGUGAUUUGCUGACGCGUAUCUACUCCAUCACCUACAUGUACUACGGUGUGUUCGGAACGGCGUUGACCGUGCUCUCGGGCAUGGUGUUCAGUUUGGCGACCUGGAGUAGCCACGAUGAGUACAACAUGAAGAUGCUGCAUCCGGCCGUUCGGUGGCUGUACCGGCGCAGCCCGUUUAACGGCAAGCACUUUGGCUCGUUUGAAGUGUCCUCCGGUGUCCAGGGCGUUCCGUCGAAGGAAAUUGUACCAAAGCAUUGAGAUUCGUCGGAGUACACGCAGCACGGCAAUGUGGAUGUCCACUCUCGGCAUGUGAUAUUCAAUCGUUAUAGUUCCUGUGUAUAAAUUAGUUUAAAUAAAGUGUAUGAUAACUUAUGUGAA